ACGGAUCACGAUCAUGUGAGCGUCGCCAUGGUGCCAAGCGAGGCCACAUCGUCUCCAAGCUAGCACAUCUUCGCUAUGCCUUUGCAGGAAAACCAAAAUGAGCAACAAACAAACGUGUUUACUUCUUGGGGCGACUGGUGUCGGAAAGACAUUGUUAGUCAAACGUCUUCAAAUGAUCAAUUUGCAUGGUUUAGGUGAACUGGGGACACCUCCUCCAACUCUUCCUACCGUAGGAACCAAUCUGACAGACUUCACGCUGAAACGAAAGAAGGUGACAGUGAGAGAGCUGGGAGGAUGCAUGGGCCCCAUAUGGCCCAGUUACUUCGAAGACUGCUCCUCUGUCAUCUUCAUGGUGGAUUCUGCCAACAUUGCUCAGGUAUCCUCUUCCUGUAUCCAGCUGCUGUCAGUACUUUCAGCUGAACCUCUGCACAAUGCCUCUGUGCUUAUUCUCUUCAACAAGAGGGACAUGCCUUGCGUUAUGAGCCUUAUUGAAAUAAAGUCCCUGUUCCGGAUGGAUGACAUUAUUGCAUCUGCGACUCAGCCAAUCACAACACUAGAACUCAGUGCUCGCUCUGGACAGGGACUCCAAGAGGUGUUGAGGUGGCUGGAGUCCGUCGCUGUCAAGUGAUGUACAUUUGCGCCUUACAUGAUAAUGAUACUCUCACAAAACUGACAAAUAUCUUCAAGCCUUUUGGCUGACAACAUCAGUAUUCUCAGUUUGAAAGGGCACACUAGAGGCUUUAAUGAAGUGUGCAGUGUUGAAAUGUAUAAAACUGUGGUAAGGCAUAUGACCAGAAAAAUAUGAUGAUUGUUGAAGAAGGUGAGUGGAGAAGGAGAUGGAUAUGUGAUACUAAUGCAGGAUGAAAUGAUUGUAUGGAUGGCCUUUUAAACAUUUGUCAAAAUAACACCACUGUCGGCCUUACUUAAAGUUGAAAGGUAUUUAGACAUAUCCUACUGUAGUGUGAUCAUAGCACUUGCGUGGAGGAAACCUAAUGCUACUCUAAGGUCUUUAACUUUUCAUAACUAGUAAAAUGUAACAGAUGUAUGCUUGGCUUGCCUGAUUGGUUACUGUGUUUCUAGUGAUUUGUUACCAGCAGGGGGCGCAAACUGCACAACAAACACUGGUUCUGGGUGUGUGUCUGAGUUGUGAUCAUUUCAUAUGCAUUGUAUUGAUAGCAAGGGAAAUGAGAAAAUGCAAAACAAUAAACCCAUCUGAAAAAUGAAA